CUCAACUGGCUCAUCUACGUCUUCAACGACAGCUUCAGCUUCAUCUCGCAAGAGUUCACCUCGACGUAUGCGCUCCUCAGCUCGCUCUCGACGUGGUUUAUCAUGAUUGUCUGGACCGCGAUCGAGCCCUGUGUGCACGUGGCCUACACGGACCGGCGCUGUGUGGCGAUUGACAUGGAUGUUGGCUUGCGCUGCCACAGCGCGUUUGUGGAAGUCGGCUUUGUCAACCGGAUUAGCAUCUCGGUGCUCAUUUGCAUCCUCGCGAUCAUUUCGUGCUUUCUGUUUGAAAAACAUGUGCUCAAGAGAGGCUUGUCGAUCGACGUCCCGUCCCUCUUGCUCUCUGCGCCGGCAAAGUACAUGCUCAUUCUGGAUGACUGGUCGCACAAAGGAGUGCUCUUUGUGGACAAACCGUCGGCGCUCAUGGCCGGUAUCAUCUCGAUCGAGCACGCUGGUGGCAUUUACCUCUUUGAUAUCAAAAAGUGGCGCAUGUAUGUGCUCCACCGCGCGCCACAUGACGCAGAGACGCCCAGCCGCUUCUUCCACGCGAUUCCGAUGCUCGAGUAGAGCUCUUGCAACGGUGGUUUUGUUUGUUUAUCGUCGUGUCGAGCUACAAUAUCGUCUUUAUACACUGUUAAUGGAUGGAUCUCUCCGUGCGCAGCUCACU